UGUCACUUGUCAGACUAUUUUCUUUUCUCAUCAUCGGGUAUCGCCUGAUUUAUUUUGCUCGCGCAGUGAUUGCCUCGUGAAAAUGGCCCGGAAAAUUCUAAUUCUUCCCCUGUUGGCAGCGCUUUGCGCGCUAGGAACCGUCGUCCGGGCCGAGUCCGCCAUCGACGAGUUCGACGAGACUGGCCGAUACACCAUCGAGGGCAAGGUGUACCCUCCGGAGCUGUUUGGCGGAUCCGACCUGUCAUGGCAGAUCGAUACCCAGAUCUCAAUUAAUGGAGGCGAGUACAAGGGCUUUCUGCGGGACGAUGGGUCGUUCGUGAUCAGCUCGGUACCGUCCGGGAGCUACGUGGUGGAAAUCAUCAACCCGGACUACUACUACGAGUCGGUUCGCGUCGAAAUCAACCCCAAGGGCAAGUUCCGAGCACGCAAGCUCAACUACGUCCAGCCGUCGCAGGUCGUGCAGGUGCCGUACCCGCUGAAGCUGAAGGCUCUCACCCGCUUCCGGUACUUCCAGCAGCGUGAACAGUGGAAGAUCACCGACUUCCUGUUCAAUCCGAUGGUGUUGAUGAUGAUUCUGCCCCUGUUCGUGAUGCUCAUCCUGCCCAAGAUGAUGAGCGAUCCGGAAACAAAGAAAGAGAUGGAAAAUCUCAACCUCUCCAAGAUGACGAACGACAUGCCGGAAAUAAGCGAAAUGAUUACGUCCUUCUUCACCGGUGGCGCCCCACAGGCGAGCGGAUCCAAGGACAAGGAUAAGGCCAAGUCCGCUUCGGGGAAGCAGAGCAAAAAGAAGAACUAAACGAAUAGUUAGUUUAAUUUAGUACUAGUUCAGGAAUCACUUUUAAUCUGAUAGGAUUGUGAAUAUAAAAUGUAUAAUUGACCAAGGUUGAGUUCAACCUGCAAUGUAUUUAUUUGACAAACAAAUAAUUUCGAUUGGCUAAUAAAAAGAAAUUGAGAGUGGCGUGGUA